GCGUCGGUUGAUUGUAGAAUCUGAUUCUCACAUGUUUUCACCUUUCAAAUAGGUUCCCUCCCCGUCGUCAUCCUCCAUCUAAUUUCUCCUUUGUUUUCUCGCUCACUCUGCAACUUCCAUCUCUUUCUCUCUCGCUGCUGGUUCAUCAUUUCGCUUUAACGUGAAGAAGAAAAUGGCGGUCCAGGGAACAGUGUUUACACCGUCAUUGGAAGGAAUGAAACAUGUGAAAUCUGAGCAAGAAGAAAUGCUCACCAAGCCUUUCUUGGAUGUCUGCAAAUUGAUUUUGCCUGUUAUCGAUAAGUUUGGAGCUGCUAUGGCUCUUGUAAAAUCUGAUAUCGGCGGUAACAUAACGAGAUUGGAAGCCAAAUAUUCUUCGGAUCCAACUAAAUACACCCACUUGUACGCUAUGGUUCAAGAGGAGGUUGAUGCUAAAACAGCCAAAGGAUCAUCUAGUUGUACCAAUGGUCUCCUUUGGCUAACCAGAGCAAUGGAUUUUCUAGUGGAACUGUUCCGCAAUUUACUUGCUCAUACAGAUUGGACAAUGUCACAAGCCUGUACAGAUUCCUAUGGCAAGACGCUGAAAAAAUUUCAUGGCUGGCUUGCUAGUUCAAGUUUCACUGUCGCUAUGAAGCUUGCUCCAGAUAGGAAGAAGUUCAUGGAAGUUAUAUCUGGCUCUGGUAAUAUUACUGCUGACAUGGAAAACUUUUGUGCAUCAUUUUCACCUUUUCUUGAAGAGAAUCACAAAUUCCUGGCUAAUGUUGGCAUGGAUGAUUUAAAAGCUUCGUAAUGGAAGAGGUCGUUUGUGGUGGGGUGGGCAGCAAUGUUACCCUUUUCUUCUACUUUUGUUCUUAAUAUUUUUGCUUGAAAACUUUGAGAUGAAAGGAGAUUUGGUUUAAUCAUUUAUUCAUAUUAUACACCUAUACAACUGUUCAAACCUUUUCAGCCAGCCAUUUUGCUGGCGUUUAUGUAUGGUUUGGUAAUUUCUAGUCA